AUGAAAAAAGUGGAACCAAUCGAGUUCCUCAAGGACCGGGUCUAUCUCGGAGCAUAUGCGCACACCCCCAAGGACACCGAGACGACCGUCUACUUCACGGUCGACGAUGCUCUUCCCUACAACCCGUUUCAUCUGGAUUUCGGGCCUCUGAAUGCCGGUCAUCUGUACCGAUUUGCGGUUGCUCUUCACGAGAUUCUGGCGGAGAACGAGGACAAGGCGGUCAUGUUCUACUCGUAUCCUGAUCCCCGAUACCGAGCCAAUGCCGCCUGUCUUCUGUGUUGUUACAUGGUGUUGAUCCAGUCGUGGCCUCCUCAUUUGGCAUUGGCACCGAUUGCACAGGCGGAGCCUCCGUUCAUGCCGUUCCGCGACGCCGGCUACUCGACUGCUGACUUCAUUCUCACCAUCCAGGACGUGGUCUACGGGUGCUGGCGGGCCAAGGAAAAGGGCUUUUUGGACCUGCGCCACUUCAAUCUCGACGAGUACGAGCAGUAUGAAAAAGUGGACCAGGGCGACUUCAACGAGCUGCCUCCUCAUUACAUUGCGUUUGCGUCACCGCAGCAGGAGGACUUUCUCACCCCGCUGGACCACGCCUUCAACAACGUGCUCGACUACUUUGAGACCCACAACGUGCAGCUGGUGGUGCGUCUCAACUCGAUUCUGUACGACGCUCGUCAGUUCGAGCAACGCGGAAUCAAGCACGUGGACAUGAUCUUCGACGAUGGCACCGUGCCCACCAUGGACAUGGUCAAAAAGUUUGUUGGCGCGGCUGAAUGCAUCAUCGAACAGGGCGGCAAGAUCGCCGUUCAUUGCAAGGCCGGCCUGGGCCGCACGGGGUGUCUGAUUGGCGCCCAUCUCAUCUACUCCUACGGCUUCACCGCCGCCGAAUGUAUUGCCUACAUGCGGUUUCUGCGGCCAGGAAUGGUGGUGGGCCCCCAACAACACUGGCUCUACCUCCACCAGAACGAGUUCAGAGACUGGAAACGAACCAUGGUCGUCAGCGAUACCCCCAGCUACAAGCUGGCCAACCUGCGACCCCUGGUGCCCAUUGCCGACCAACAGUGCAAAUUGAGACAACAAUUGAGCGCUCUCCAGGACCAGAUCCGGCGCAAGGAGGAACAAUUGGGCUCUCUGGGAGCCUCCGCAGUAACCCAUGACUCCAUUCUGCCGUCAACCCCCCCGCCAAAAACACCCGAACGAUCAAUUCUCGGAGACAUGGACCAUUGCAACUCGAUUCUGCCGGCCCCUACUCCCGGACAGCCCCGCAAAAACUCCCCCAGUCCGGCCCAUCGAUCUGGAAGUGUGGGCAUUUCCGCCAUCCGUCCCAAACGGUACAUUUCCACUUCCCAUGACACCGUCUACAACUCGGACGAGGAACGAGAAGGCUCGAUCGCCUCGGCGCGACGAGUGGUCAGCAGCAGACAAAUGCCGUCGCGUCAGCCGUCGCGGUCCGUGUCUGUGUCAGUCUGCGAGGACGUAGAGGGCUCGCUGAUUGUCACGGCCUCUCAUUCGCCCUCCCGACGACCCUCGCACCAGCAGCAGCUGCGGUCGCCCUCCAAACAGCUGGACUUCGACCAGGAGAACGACAUGAAAAAGUCACCAUUGAGGGUUCGGAGCGCAUCCCGGCGCCAGGCAUCGGUGCGACAAGUCAGUGGCGAGACCGGCGUGAGAAAGGUCUCCAGAACCAAGAGGUCGUAG